AAUCCCUCCUAAGUUUCUUCCCCCUUCCCUUCUUCUCCAAUCGCCAUUGCUUAAACUCUGCUCUGAGUUAAAGCUUUGUUCUUCUUGAUGUUCAUCACUCUGUUCUUGAUGUUUGAAAUUCAUGCAUCUAAUUCUCAGUGAAAAAACUUUGGGUUCUGCUUGUAUGAUUAUAAACUCCACAUUCCGCCGCCAUCACCUUGUUCAAUCCUUCUCCGUUGUUUUUCUCUACUGGUUCUACUACGUUUCAUGAUUUUCAAUCCAAAAAACAAAACCCACAAAUCCAAAUUACGAAAGAACUGAUCGUUGUUAGUAAUUUGCUCUGUUUUGCUCUGUUUUUUCUCUCUGUUUUGCUCUGUUUUUUUGCUCUGUUUUUGCUCUGUUUUGGGGGGGUUUUAAUGGCGUCGUCUUGUGUGACAUCUUCGACUUGUUCGUCAAUGGAGGAGGGUGAAUUCGCGGCGUUGAUGGAGCAGAGGAAACGGAAAAGGAUGAUUUCGAAUCGGGAAUCGGCGAGGAGAUCGAGGAUGAGGAAACAGAAGCAUUUGGAAGAUUUAAUAACGAUGGUGCGGAAGUUGAACGAGGAGAAACAACAAAUCGUGGCGAAUCUUGACAUGACGGCGCAGAAUUACGCCGCCGUGGAGACUGUGAAUUCGAUUCUCAGAGCUCAGGCGGUGGAGUUGGCUCACCGUCUGCAAUCCUUGACGGAAAUCCUUGCGUUCCUGAAUCCCUGUGAUGGGGUUGAAGAUGCCUGUAAUUCCUACAACGGCGACGGCGGUGCCGAUGGAAGUGGGUUCUUCUGUGCUGAUCCGAUUGAUAUUGGCGGCGGCGGCGGCGGCGGCGAUGGGUUUUUUACUCCUCUGAAAAUGGGUUUCUGCCGGAGCCAGCCUCUAAUGGCUUCUGCAGACGUGUUUGAAGAGUAUUGAUUUGGGGGUGUCGAUUAUGUCACGAAUAAGAUUUAGGGUUUUAUCUUUUGUAAAACUUUAUGAAUUAAAAGCAAUGAAGGAUGUAAUUUUACUUAACUAAUCGACACACGAACAUAACUUUACGGUUAAGAUAUUAA